GACAACCCCAAAAAGAGUUCAGGCUGGAGGAAGAAGAGAGGAACCCACGCAGACACAGUGGAGGAGGUGUAGAACCGUGCCGCUCGCCUGGGCCUCUUCCUCGUCGGACCCACCGCCGGGCCGAGAGCCUCCAUCCGGGCCCCGACCCGCCCCGACACGACCGGGUCUGUGGGAGUCGGACGAUACGUGGCACAUGGAUGAACAUGUCCUCCUCGCGGCGCUGAAGUAGACGAGCCGCCGCAGAGAGCCAGCCAGCGGGCGAGUCUGUUUCACCUUGGCAAUGGCCCACGCCACCAGUAUCCAGUACGAGCCAGUGGCAGAGAUCGGAGGAGGCGCUUAUGGGACUGUUUAUAAGGCCCGGGACACGGAGAGUGGGCAGUUUGUCGCUCUGAAGAGCGUCCGUGUCCAGACGGACCAAAAUGGCCUGCCGAUCUCCACAGUCCGAGAGGUGGCUCUGUUGAAAAGGCUGGAGCAAUUUGAUCACCCAAACGUAGUCAGACUCAUGGAUGUAUGUGCCACCAAGAGGUCGGAUCAGGAGACUAAAGUCACUCUGGUAUUUGAACAUGUGGACCAAGACCUCAAGACAUACCUCGAGAGAGCUCCGGCCCCCGGAUUAUCUCCUGACCGCAUUAAAGACUUGAUGAGGCAGUUGCUGUGUGGUCUUGCAUUCCUUCACUCUAACCGCGUGAUGCACCGAGACCUGAAACCAGAGAAUAUCCUGGUGACCAGCCAGGGCCAGGUGAAGCUGGCAGACUUCGGACUAGCCCGGAUCUACAGCUGCCACAUGGCUCUCACUCCUGUGGUGGUGACACUGUGGUAUCGGCCUCCCGAGGUUCUGCUACAAACCAGUUAUGCCACACCUGUAGAUAUCUGGAGCACCGGCUGCAUCUUCGCUGAGAUGUUCCGACGCAAACCAUUGUUCUGUGGGGAUUCAGAAGUGGACCAACUUGGGAAGAUUUUGGAAGUUAUUGGCUUGCCACCAGAGGACGAGUGGCCGACUGAUGUUACACUCUCGAGAAAAAACUUCCCCUCGUUCAUGCCUCGCCCGAUUGCUGAAUUUGUCUCAGAGAUAAAUGAGCAGGGGGCACAACUAUUGAUGAACAUGCUGACCUUUGACCCCUUGAAACGAAUAUCCGCCCUGAAUGCACUAGAACAUCCAUAUUUCCGAGACGAGGAGACACUGACCCAGACAAAGAGAUGAAGUGAUACAGUGAAAUACGCGAGAGGUAACAGUGUCUAAGUUUAGACCUGACCUGACCAUAAAGGAUUUCAAUUUCAUUCAUUGCAUUGCCUUUCAAGAUAUCUAGGUUAUGCUUUGGGAUUUUAUUUUCUUACUUCUGCGUCAAAAAGGAUUAAAGCCUGAGAAAUGGGAUAAAAAAAUGAAGAAGAGUGAACUUAACAAUCACUGGAUUGCUUUCCAACAUGUAAAUGUCACAGUUAAUGAUGUUAACAUGUCAUGUCUUCAAGGACAGUACCAGUGUUUUUGAUGUUUGGAUUCUGUAUCAUUCUCAUCAGCAGGGACUCUUCAACAGAAACGUCUCAUCUCUUCUCAAAUGUGGCUCUUGUUACUUUUGUACAGUGUUUAGACAGAAGGAAGCGGAAAUGUUGCCUGUUCUUGUUACAGGCUGAACAAAGUCUGACACGAGUGCCACCUCAGGGGGUCAAAACAGGCAAAGCAGUUGUUGGUGAAUUUACUGUAUUUCUGGCAGAAAUGGUGAAAAUCUGUGUGAAAAUUAUGAAACUUAACUCUAUUGAAAUCAUGAAAAAAAGGCAACAAUAGUCUGAUGUAGCAGAACAAAAACGCACAAGAAAGACAUGUAUUAAAAAAUACUGGUAUUGCUCUUAAAUGCUGAUAUAGUAAAAGUUUCUUUUAUUGGAUCACUGAACGGUUGGAUCUCAUUUUAUGUUUAACCUUUUUUUCCCCCGUUGGUAAAACCAUCUGAAAUCAACGAGCGCUGCACCUACAGUUUUAAUCACAUUUAGGCUUUAUUUGUGUGUUAUUAUUAUACAGAUCGAAGUCUAUAUGAAAUUAAUAAAUGUGAUUCUAUAAAAACUGAA